CAUAACGACGGUAUGUUCAGGAGCGCGAGUCAGUAGGUUCUCUUGUACCGAUAACUGUAAGAAUGCUUUGACAUUGUAUUUAUUAUUUUUGUGGCGUAUCUGUGAAUGUCACAUACAGGUAUGCCGUUGCAAAGACUAGCCCAAGAAUAUGCUUUGGAGGAAAACGGAAGGUUUUUUAUGGCAUCUGAAACAGAAGGCGACUGGGACGAGCAAGACCACCUCGAUCACCGUCAACUUGUUUUAUCCAAAGCUGAUGCUUUAGCGUCGGAAAAUCGUCUUAAAGAGGCUGUCGAUAUGUUUUCCGUGGCUCACCGAUAUGGUCCGGUCCGGCCGGACCAGCUGAGCAGUUUAGUCGGAUGCGUUCUGCGCAACUUCAAGAAGAAAUCAGAAGAGUCCUCAACGAAAAGUGAGCCGAGCUGGACUCAGGAUUGUGAAUUCGACUGCCCUGGCUGUCAUAGUUUCUUAGCCGAGCCCGUGACGGUGACUUGUGGACAUACUUAUUGUAGGAGAUGUUUACAGCAUAGUACUUUUUCUAAAUGUAAACUGUGCAGUGAAGAUAUUAGGAGGAGGCCCGGGGAACCCCGACUGAAUGUGAUCUUAUGUGGACUUUUAGAGAAGUGGUUUCCUGAAGACGUGGAUAGAACUAAAUGUUUAUGGGAAGCUGAAAGCCUAUUGAAGAGUAAACACUACGGAAAUGCUAUUGCACUAACCAAUCAGUUAUUAGAAUCUGACUCUAGUAAUGUGUGGGUGCGGGUGUGCCAUGCCGAGGCUCACCGAGGACUGAAGCAGUACUGUCAGGCUUUAGAAAACUGGGAGGCCUGCCUGAUUGCUACCCCAUCCCCAGAGGGAUAUUUCCAGAAAGCAAAAAUUCUCCAAGAGAUGGGUCAUGUAGAUGAAUCUCUGCAGGUCUUCCUUCAGUGUUUGGCAUUGGAUGAAAACUUCCAUCAGGCCAAACGAGAAGUGGAAUUGAUCUUGCAUGACAUGUUGGCUCCAGCCUGUGAUAAUGUCAAGGUUGGUUUGAGAGAGACAACCCACAACACUUCCUCACACUUGUGCAGUAAAACUCUGGAAAACCAUCAGACCCCGUUGCAACCCCCCCACCAGUCUGUCACACCAGCAGCAUCUAUCCACCUGCCCUCUACAACCACAGAGAAACCAGGUCACUCUCAAAGUCUGGAGCGCUCUGUCCUGAGCAGAGCUCACUCCCUUCGUGCUCACGGGAUAGGAGGAGCAGUAGAGGAGGGGCUUAAAAGAGUUAGCUCCGCCCCCCAGUUGGGUGACCCAGAAAAAGGGGUGCUGCUGAAAAGGAAGCUGUCUGUGUCUGAAGCAGGGCCUGGCGUGGCUUACAGCCACAGCAGUAAAUAUAAGAAGCAAGUAGCGACUGGCAGUGCUGCUACUCCUGUGGUCACAGAGGAAACCAAGUCCCAUCGAACCCUGCCAAAAGACCUGCUGGACCCCAAUGAUUUUGAAUGCGCUCUCUGUAUGAGAUUGUUUUAUCAGCCUGUCACUACACCCUGCGGUCACACAUUCUGCAAAAACUGUCUGGAGCGCUGUCUAGACCACAAUCCCCAGUGCCCUCUCUGCAAAGAAAGCCUGAAAGAGUAUCUUGCCGUCAGAAAGUACACAAUCACACAAGUGCUGGAUAACAUCAUUAGGCAGCAUCUAUCCAAGGAGCAUUCAGAGAGACUGAAGCUGCAUGCAGAGGAAACAAAAGAGCUCUCAGAUUUAACAAAAAAUGUGCCCAUCUUUGUUUGUACCAUGGCCUACCCCACUGUGCCUUGCCCCCUUCAUGUGUUUGAACCACGAUACCGUCUCAUGAUCCGUCGCUGCAUGGAAACUGGGACCCGUCAGUUCGGCAUGUGCAUCAGCGAAACCCAGAAAGGGUUCGUGGACUACGGCUGCAUGCUCCAGAUCCGCAGUGUGCAUUUCCUCCCAGAUGGCCGCUCUGUCGUGGAUACAAUCGGAGGGAAGAGGUUUCGCGUCCUCUCACGUGGAAUGAGAGACGGAUACUGUAUCGCCAACAUCGAGUAUCUGGAGGAUAUGAAAGUCAAUGAUGAGGGGGAUUUGGACAAGCUACAGGUGUUACAUGAUCAGGUGUACGAGCAGGCCCGUAAAUGGUUCCAGAACCUGGAGAACCGCUUCCGGAACCAGAUCCUGCAGCAUUUUGGGCCAAUGCCAAUGCGAGAGACUGAUAUCCAGGCCACACCGAAUGGUCCGGCGUGCUGUUGGUGGCUGCUAGCUGUUCUUCCUGUCGAUCCACGUUACCAGCUGUCUGUCCUUUCCAUGACAACACUAAAAGAACGUCUAGUCAAGAUCCAGCACAUCCUCACCUACCUGCAGAACCUUUCCAGCAACUAGAGCUUCCACACAAACACACACAGAACUCUGUUUCCACCAGCUAACGUCUGUGUCCUUCUGCCGGACAACAUGCAAAAACUCUGUGGUGCUGAAUGAUGAAGAACUAAUGAGAAUUUAGGGAGACUCCACUGAAAGCCAGACACAGAUUUCUACCUAUGGGGAUAGAUGUAAUUCAUGCCGAGAAUUCUAAGAACAAAUUUGUUUUCUACCAAUCUGUUCAUAAACAUCUUGUCUUUGUGCA